GGUGGGUUAUGCAAUGAUCAAUGAUGCAGAAGAGAAAGGAUUGAUAUCACCUGAAAAGACAGUAUUGAUUGAACCAACCUCUGGUAACAUGGGAAUAGGACUGUCUUUCAUUGCUGCAUCUAAAGGCUAUAAACUCAUUCUCACAAUGCCGUCCUACACAAGCUUGGAGAGGAGGGUGACCAUGCGUGCUUUUGGAUCCCAGCUGGUUCUCACUGACCCAACAAAGGGAAUGGGUGGGACUGUUAAGAAAGCUACCCAGCUUUUAGAAAGCACACCUAAUGGCUUCAUGCUUCAGCAGUUUGAGAACCCUGUUAAUACAAAGGUCCAUUUUGAAACAACAGGACCUGAGAUCUGGGAAGACACCAUGGGGAAUGUUGAUAUCUUCGUUAUGGGAAUUGGAAGUGGUGGUACUGUGUCUGGAGUGGGUGCAUACCUCAAGUCUAAGAACCCCAAUGUCAAGGUGUAUGGAGUUGAGCCGGCAGAAAGCAAUAUAUUGAAUGGUGGAAAACCAGGUCCUCAUCAUAUUACUGGUUUUGGAGUUGGGUUCAAGCCUAAGAUUUUGGACUUCGACAUGCUCGAUGGAGUCUUAGAGGUAUCCAGUGAUGAGGCUGUAAAAAUGGCAAGGGAACUUGCAGUGAAGGAAGGACUCCUGGUUGGGAUAUCCUCAGGAGCAAACACAGUAGCAGCUCUCAGAUUGGCAAUCCUACCAGAGAAUCAAGGCAAACUCAUUGUGACUAUACAUCCAAGCUUUGGUGAAAGAUAUCUAUCAUCAGUUUUGUUCGAAGAGCUGAAGCAGGAAGCUGCCAUGAUGCAACCAGUAUCAGUAGAUUGAUGGCUUUCAAGUCAGAUUCACACUUGACUUGUAUAAAUUUUCAUGUUCACUUGGUUCUGGCUCAAGAAGUUUUUUCUUAAUCUCUGGCUCUGGCCAUAGCACUAUUGCCACCAGUGUUUCUGUUUAAAAUUAUAUUAAUUAUAU